AUGGUAAUUUUCUUAUCACUUAUCUCUAUAACAUGGGAACUGUCUUUGUUUUUUCCAUCGAAGGUGCAUCAUUUAAAGUCUGUGGACAAUCUGUUUGUCGUGGUUGAACAUUAUGACAAUUAUCAGUUUGAAGACACAAAGGAAGAUGCAUUACUAGAUCUACAGCAUCUUGCUCCCAAGUUGCCCUGGACCAAUGCUUUGGAAGUCUGGAAAAUGAACAACUCUUUAAAAAAGAAGAGAAGCCGCAGGAGAGGUGCCGCCACCCCUAAACCAAAGCGUAAUGGUGAUGCAUCUGAAUCUGGGAAGCUCCAGCCUGAACCUGAUUCUUCACUGCUACAAGACAAGCAGGAAAGCGAUCUUCCCGAGCAGGACACCAGCACUCAGGAAGAGCAGGAUGUUGAGAUUCAGGAAUCGGAAGUUAAGCCUUUGAAGUUCCGUGUGACGUGUAACAGAGCUGGAGACAAACACAGCUUCACCUCAAAUGAUGCUGCGCGGGACUUUGGUGGUGCUGUUCAGGAGUUUUUUCAGUGGAAGGCAGACAUGACAAAGUUUGAUGUGGAAGUGCUGUUAAAUAUCCACAACAAUGAGUUGGUGGUUGGCAUUGCUUUAACUGAGGAGAGUCUGCACAGAAGAAAUAUUACUCACUUCGGUCCCACCACUCUGCGCUCCACCCUGGCUUAUGGGAUGCUUAGACUUUGCAAUCCAGAGAUAUCUGAUGUCAUUAUAGACCCCAUGUGUGGCACUGGAGCCAUACCGUUAGAGGGAGUCAUUGAGUGGCCACAUUCAUUUUUCAUCUCGGGAGACAACAAUGACAUGGCCAUCAGUCGAACUGUUAACAAUAUCAACCACAUUUUGAAGAGAAGGCUAAAUGGCGGCAGCACUACUCCAGGUUUGGCUAUAGACACUGCACAGUGGGACCUGUGUCAUCUUCCCUUAAGGACUAGCUCUGUGGACAUCAUCACCACCGACAUGCCCUUUGGAAAGAGAAUGGGCUCCAAGAAGAAGAACUGGGACCUGUACCCCUCUUGUCUUCGGGAAAUGGCUCGGGUUUGCAGGCCAGGAACAGGAAGAGCAGUGCUCCUGACCCAAGACAAAAAAUGCUUUACUAAGGCUCUGUUAAGACUGGGGGGGCUGUGGAGAAAAUCCCACACUGUUUGGGUAAAUGUAGGAGGGCUGCAUGCUGGCGUUUUCGUGCUGCGUCGCACACCAGCAGUUUUUGGCACCAUUCCAGAAGAUGUCCGAGAGCCUCAAAAAGAAUGUGAGUCACAAGAGGAUGAAAAGAAGGAGAAGGUUUAAUCGGCAAAAUCUGAUCGCGAUACCAGAUGUAUAACUGUACCUAACCCUGUAAACAAUGUUGUUUUCCAUCAGUUUGUUCCUAUUCUUUGUUAAGCUCAGUUGUAAUGUUCUUGUCAUGUGUCAUGUAGACAAGGAAUAAGCUGAAGUUCAUAUUUUAGAAUGGACAGCUUGAUGUGUGAUUUGAACAACCAGCUUACUAACUGUUUACUAGGAAGUUUUGUACAAACCCUGUUUCCGGAAAUGUCGGGACAUUUUGUAAAUGCAGUAAAAAGAAGAACUGGUGAUUAGUUAAUUCUCUUGAAUCUGUAUUUAACUGAUAAAAAGAGAAAGAAAAUG